CGACCCGACCCGACCCGACUGUCUACGCUUGCCACGCCGGCCCCUUUAUCUCUCGAUUAGUUUCUCUCUCCAAUGGCCAAGCUUCUUCUUCUUCUUCUUCUUCGUGUGGUUUCGCUUCUGACUAUUGCAUCGAAAUGCCUAAGAAGAUGAGGAAGAGUAGUAGCACUACAAUGAAGAAGCCAUCACAAGGAGAAGCAAAACCUGUGGCACAACAAGCCAAACGAGUUGUAAAACCUGGUAAAUUUGGGAAAGAGAUUGAAGACAUCUUCGCUGGGAGAAUCAAGCUGAAGCCAAAGGUCCAAAUACCUGAGACGAACGAGUCCAAAGCAGAGAUUGCAAAGAAGAAGAGGAAGAGGGACAGGUUGGAGCGUAAGAACAACCCUGGAAGGGAACCCAGGAGGCAGACAAGGGAGAGGACGGAGCUUGAUAACAACCCUGGAAGCGAACCCAGGAGGAGGAGGCAGACAAUGGAGAGGACGGAGCUUGAUUACUACCCGGAAAGCGAACCCAGGAGUCAGACUACCGAGCUUGAUAACAACCCGGGGAGCGAAUCCAUGAGUCAGACAACAGAGCUUGAUAACAACCCGGGAAGCGAAACCAGGAGGAGGCAGACAAGGGAGAGGACGAAGCUUGAUGGCAACCCGGAAAGGAAGACAAAGAAGAGUAAGAGAAGCGGACCCAGGAAGAUAACUACAGACGGACUCAAAGUGUUCAGGGAAGAUGAAAUUGGUUUCAACAAGGCCAAAUCUGGUGGUACUCGUCUCUGUCCUUUUGACUGUAAUUGUUGCUUCUAGAUCUUCUUGAACCAGUUUUUUGAAGCUUUUGCUUUAUUGGUGCCCAAGUAGAUUAAAAACUUGGUCUGGUUGUAAUGGAUGAAUGAUCUCAGUUAUCAAGAUUUGUUGUUACUGUUGAAUUCAUGUUUGAUGAGAAAAAAUACAUUUUUUUUUU